AUUUGUAAACAGAACAAAUGCACAGUCUCCCAGCAGCCGGGGCUCAUGUCUUACUGGGCCAGAUUACGGAGAAAUAAUUUUGGAGCAGAUUUCCUCAAUUAGACUUCUCCAGGCGCUCGUCAGCCUCGGGGGACGUGAGGAUCAGGCGGCGAUAUCUCCCGGUCAUAUGACCCAGUGAGCCCGGCUGAUUUGCUGGAGAUUUUGGUUUUUACUUCAUGUAUCCGAGGGAGAGAGGUGUCGGAUGUGUCGCUCACCAAGUGCUGGCGAGGUUACGCGGGGCAGACAUCAUGCAGAGGGCUUUAAGAUAAAAGGGCGUGCCGUCCGGAAAACAAAACACCCCUUCCUCCCGGUGCGGGGAAGAUGUCCUCGUCGCUGCCCGAGGAAAUGGGGGAGCUGCACAACGAUCCGCAGAAGAGGAGCAAAAGUUUCCUGCUGGUGGGCGAGAAUGAGGUGCUGCAGGUGGCGGACGAGGAGAGCUUCCUGGAGCGACUGGGGACCACGGCGGGACAGACGGUAAAGGUGCUCUCCAUCUUCGGCAACACUGGUGACGGCAAGUCCCACACCCUGAAUGCCACCUUCUUCGCGGGCCGGCGGGUCUUCGGCACCUCAGACAGCCAGAGCUCCUGCACUGUGGGGGUGUGGGCGGCCCUCGACCCCUCGCUCUCCCUCAUCCUGCUCGACACCGAGGGCCUGCUGGGGGCCACCACCAGGCAGAACCAGCGGAUGCGGCUGCUGCUGAAGAUUCUGGCCGUCUCCGACGUGGUGGUCUACCGCACCCGCGCUGAGCGCCUCCACAACGACCUCUUCGGCUUCCUGGGCGGUGCCUCGCAGGCCUUUCUCAGGCACUUCGCCGGUGAGCUCAGGGCCUUGUCCAGCCGCUGUGGUCUGGAGCUGCCCCUGUCCAGCCUCGGCCCUGCUGUGGUCAUCUUCCACGAGACCAUCAACACCACGUUACUGGGCAGCGGUGAACUCCCAGACCCAGGAAGUGCGGAACUGCUGCUCCAGAAGAGGUUCCAUGAGCUGGGCCUGUCCACCGAGGCCUUCAACUCCAUCGAGUACGUCGGUACCAGGACCACUGCUCCCACCGACUUCACCAGCUUCCUGCGGGCGGUGCGGAGGUGUGUGACCAACACCUCCACCCGGUCUCGGAUCCCAUCCGUCGUGUACCACGCAUUGAAGGCGCUGAGCGAUCGGUUCGACGGGGAGAUAACUGAGGAUCGACUCCCAGCCCUGUCCUUCUUUCCCGACGAGUACUUCAGGUGUCCCAGUAUCUGCCUCAGCUGUGGGGUGCGGUGCGGGAAGAGCAUGAACCACCUGAAGGACGGGGUGCCUCACACAGCUGGUGAGCGGUGUCGCUACACACACCAGUACAACAACAAGGUUCUGAUUUGCAAGACUUGCUUCGAGCGCGGCCUCGAGGUCAUCGUCAGCCCCAAGACCUCUGCGUCCACGGACGGACAGUGGUUUGGACUGGCCACUUAUGCCUGGUCGGGAUAUGUGCUGGAAUGUCCAAACUGUGGGAUUAUCUACCGCAGCAGGCAAUACUGGAUCGGUAACCAAGACCCAGAGGGCUCGGUGGUGCGUGCUGAGCUGAGACACGUGUGGCCUGGGGGUGAAUCCUUGCUGAAGGAUAGCGGCAACGGGGCACAGCGGGUGCUGGACAGUGUGAGCAGCGUGAUCCAGUCCGUCACCGAGUACAGCAGUGGCCCCACCAAGGCCAUCGCAGCCUGGCUGACUGACCGUGCGGCGCCGGACUACUGGGUCCCCAACUCCCAGAUCACCGAAUGCCACGAGUGCAGGAAGCAGUUCGGACAUGGAGAGCAGAAGCACCACUGCCGGUCGUGCGGGGAGGGCUUCUGCGACUCCUGCUCCAGCAGGACCAUGGCGGUCCCGGAACGUGGCUGGGGCACGGCGGCGGUCCGAGUCUGUGACACGUGCUUCAGAAACGGAGGCAGCAGCAGCGCAGGGAAGGAGCCACCCACGGUGGGCAGUGGGUUACUGGCACGCAGGAUCACCGAGAUGGCCCAAAGCACGCUGGAGGUGAUGUCGUCAGCCGUUGAGUACCCCCUUGGGCUCGUUAAGGACGUGGCGAGGCCAGAUUACUGGGUUCCUGAUCAGCAGCUUGUCGAGUGCCACCGCUGCGGGAAGCCCUUCACUGGCACCAUCACCAGGCACCACUGCCGGGCCUGCGGCCUAGGCUUCUGUAGCCACUGCUCACCAGACCUGCGGCCUGUGCCCUCCAGGGGUUGGGACCAUCCCGUCCGAGUGUGUGUGGACUGUGACCGCAAGGAUGGAGACCUUUGACCCCGAGGGGCCGGCCCUCUACUGAGAGAGGCACCAGGUGGCCCUGUGUCCCGGGAUGGCCGACAGCCGUUCACCCCUCUUUCAGAUGCUAGCCUCCCCCCCCCCCCCCCCCCCCCCCGGUCCAGGGGACGAGGCUCGUAGCCCAGGACUUGUGGCGUGGAUCGGGGACCAAUCCUGGACCAAUCUGGGUGUGACGAGGGCGACUCACUGGGGCGUUCAUCACAGAGGCUUCAUCGUGGGACCUUCCCAGCUUGUCCCACUGCUCCCUGUCUCUGCCUCUCCCUCCGCUACACACCGACCAACCAUCCCGUCAGGUCACUGGGAUCCCAGUGGAGGGUGCCUCCUGCUCUUGGUUUGGGAUGCACCAUGAAACUCCACUAACCUGCUGUCUGAUUGUUAGAAAUUCCUGAUGGUCUGGCAUCUAGCUCACUAUACAGUCCGGAGUGUGAGUGAGGGGGUCCUUGUAAAAGCAGGGUGCGAGGUUGGAGCCGGAGUCUGGAUUGUGAGCCGGGUUCUGGACUCUUGAGCCAGAGACAUGGUCUGGAUUGUGAUUCAGGAUCCGGACUGUGGUUGGGAGCUGGAUUGUGAUCCGGGAUCUGGACUGUGUGUUGGGAGCCAGAUUGUGAUCCGGGAUCCGGACUGUGAGCAGGGAUCUGGACUCUUGAGCCAGAGACGUGGUCUGGAUUGUGAUCCAGGAUCUGGACUGUGAACCAGAGCUGGAGCCAUGGUCUGGAUUGUGAUCCGGGAUCUGGACUUCGGGCCGGAGCCGGGUCCAGAGUGCUUGCACGCUUCUGGUUGCUUUGAUUACCUGAAGCUCACUGGGCUUCAUUUCCUGCUCUCUUUAAACAUAUGGGGUUCACUGAAAAAUUAUUAUCCUACCAUGUAACAAAAAGUGAAAUAAAAGUGUGUUGGGAGUUAUUAGAAAUAAUAUCCAAUAAAGUGGAAAAAUCUGCAGUCCUGAGGGUGUCGGAUUAUCAGGGUUAACACAGGUCCCUGAUAAAGAAAUUGGUAUAUUAUAAAUUAGUUUAUUAUUGCCACAUGUACUGAGACACAGUGGAAAAACUUUUGUGUGCAUGCCAUCCAGACAGAUCAUUCCAAACGUAAGUACAUUGAGGUAGUUAAAGCAGAAUGUCGUGUUACACUGACAGAGAAUGCGUAGUGCAGAGAAACAAGGUGCAAGGGCUACGAUGAGGUAGAUUGGGAGAUCAAGAGUUCAUCCUUUAGCUUUCAAGAGGCCUGAUACCAGCAGGAUAGAAGCUGUCCCUGAGCCUGGUGGUACGUGCUCCAUUGUUUUUGUUUCUGCCCAACGGGAGGGGGAGGAGGGAGAAUGACUGGGGUGGGAGGUGAGGUUACUGCUCUCUGGUUGGAGUCACCUGUAGUCCGGUUGGCCAGGGACAGCAGUUCGCCUUCCCUGGAGCAGAGUGGGAAGUGGACAAUCCAACACUUCCCACCUUUUUCCUGGUGGGAUUUGAAAGGUGUUCCUUGGACCGUUGUCCUGGUUACCCAACCCCACGCAUCUGUGACAACGUUGCUCCCACAGGCUUGGGGAAAGAAACCCUUGGGGGUCUGACCCUUCCCCUGUAACCACCAGGCGAGGUGUGGGUCUCAGCUGCUCCAGUGGGAACAAUGCCAGCUUUGGGUGCGCUGCAUUCUGCAGCUGAAUAGCUUGUUAACAACACCAUGGUGUGAUGGAGAGUGACCAAUAGGCUCAGACCCAAGACAGGAGUAGCGUUGAGGGAGGUAUUGUGUGUGUGUGUGUGUGUGUGGGGGGGGGGGGGUGUUCAAUGGUUUACCCUCUUUUCCAAGGAUGUUGCUGACAUUUAUGCCCUAUGCCUUGUUACCCUAGUGUGGGCAUUGAAUGCCCCACUAUUGCCCUCUGAAAGGCUCAUUGAAAGGUCAGUAUUUUGCCUUUAAACUCUACGAUACGAUAUCUUUAUUAGUCACAUGUACAUCGAAACACACAGUGAGAUGCAUCUUUUGCGUAAAGUGUUCUGGGGACAGCCCGCAAGUGUCGCCACACUUCCAGUGCCAACAUAGAAUACCCACAACUUCCUAACCCGUACGUCUGGAAUGUGGGAGGAAACCAGAGCACCCGGAGGAAACCCACGCAGACACGGGGAGAACGUACAAACUCCUUACAGACAGUGGUGGGAAUUGAACCUGGGUUGCUGAUGCUGUAAUGGCGUUAUGCUAACCGCUACACUACUGUGCCUGGCCCUCUGCCUCCACAUCGUGAACAACCCCAGAGCCUGCACUCUCUCUGCUGGGGCUUCUGGUCUCUUAAGGUCAAAAUGCAUCCCAGUGAUCAGCUUUUGGGUUCUGAGAGCUCGCAGUUUUAUCCAGCAGCUUUGGUCCAACCUGGUCUUGUUAUCAUUGUCUGCCAAUCCUACCCAGAGGAGAUGCCUGCCACAGUUGAUCAUCAGUCAGGGCAUUGAGUGUAGGAGUUGGGACGUUAUGUUGCAGUUGUACAAGACAUUAGUGAGUCCACACUUGGAGUACUGUGUGCAGUUUUGGUCACCCUGUUAUGGGAAAGAUGUUCUGCUCUAACUCCAUCUACAAGUUUGCAGAUGAUGCCACCGUUGUAGGCCAUAUCUCAAACAGCGAUGAGUCGGAGUACAGGAAGGAGAUAGAGAACUUAGUGGAAUGGUGUCAUGACAACAACCUUUCCCUCAAUGUCAACGAGACAAAAGAGCUGGGCAUUGACUUCAGGAAAGGUGGCGGUGUACAUGCACCUGUCUACGUCAAUGGUGCGGAGGUCGAGAAGGUUGAGAGCUUCAAGUUCCUGGGAGUGAACAUCACCAACAGCCUGUCCUGGUCAAGUCACGUAGAUGCCACGGCCAAGAAAGUUCACCAGCGCCUCUACUUGCUCAGGAGGCUAAAGAAAUUUAGUUCGUCCCCUUUGACCCUCACCAACCUUUACCGAUGCACCAUUGGAAGCAUCUUAUCUGGAUGUAUCACGGCUUGGUACAGCAACUGCUCUGCCCAGGACAGCAAGAAACUGCAGAGAGUUGUGGACACAGCCCAGCGCAUCACAGACACCAGCCUCCCCUCCAUAGACUCUGUCUUUACCUCUUGUCUUGGUGAAGCAGCCGGCAUAAUCAAAGACCCCACCCACCCGGGACAUUCUCUCUUCUCUCCUCUUCCAUCGGGUAGAAGAUACAGGAGCCUGAGGGCACGUACCACCAGACUUAAGGACAGCUUCUACCCCACUGUAUUAAAACUAUUGACCUUGCACCUUAUUGCACUGCACUUUCUCUGUAGCUGUGGCACUUUACUCUGUACUGUUAUUGGUUUUACCUGUACUACAUCAAUGCACUCUGUACUAACUCAA